AUGGAAACUGCCACGCCCGCAAGCAAAACAAUGGUGACCUACGAUAAGCUUCUUCUGUUUGGAGAUUCUUUGACAGAGUUGAGCAGCGAUGUUCUUUCACUCCCAUUCGCCAUUACGCCUGCUUUACAGCAUUACUAUUUCCGAAAACUUGCUGUUGUUGCUCGUGGGUAUGGUGGCUACACCUCAGAGCACCUGCGGCACGUUCUAAUACCUACCAUUCGCGCGGAAACAGCUGGCGGGGAGAAGGUAAGGUUACUCGUCAUUGAGAUCGGGACUAACGACGCUGCUGCGAAUGCUGCGCAGCACGUACCGGUGGAAAAAUAUAUUCAAAAUCUAGGGUGGAUGGUAAUAAACGCCAGAACUGAGGGCGUAGAGCGAAUUGUCAUUGUUGGACCUGGACCUGUGGAUGAGGAGAUGCUUGAGGAGCCGGUGGACAAGAGCACAUUGAGAAAUUUGGAGUAUUCGGAUGCUGCCAAACAAGUUGCGAAAGAGCACAACGUCCCCUUUAUUGACCUGUGGCACGCUUUCAUGGAAAGGAUAGGUUGGAAUGAGACCGAAUCUGUCCCUGGCACAAGAGCUAAAGGCUCCAAGAGGUUGACGGCUUUGCUAACCGAUGGUGUGCAUUUUUCAGGGGACGGGUAUGGGAUUUGGUAUCGUCAAAUUUUAGUGGUGAUUUCGCAAAACUUUCCUGAACUUGAGGCAGAAGGAUUGCCAAUGGUCCUACCACACAUAUACAACAUCGAUCGGACCAACUUGCCGCAAAGUCUCUGGCAGCAAGCCCAUAUCGAUUAG